CUCCACACACCACACUCUCUUUUACCCCCAAAUGCUGCUGUGCGUUCGCAACUAAACACAGCCUCCUGUCUCUUGGAUUUUGGAAUUGAGAGUUGAAGAAAGAUGGGGACGUUGGGUAGAGCAAUCUACUCCGUCGGAUUCUGGAUCCGCGAAACUGGCCAAGCCCUCGAUCGCCUUGGCUGUCGCCUCCAAGGCAACUACUACUUCCAAGAACAUCUGUCUAGGCAUCGGACACUCAUGAACGUAUGUGACAAAGCUCCUGUGGUUGAUAAGGAAGCAUUUGUGGCCCCUAGUGCUUCUAUUGUUGGGGAUGUUCGGGUUGGACGAGGUUCCUCUAUUUGGUAUGGAUGUGUUUUAAGAGGUGAUGUGAACAACAUCAGUAUCGGAUCUGGAACAAAUAUACAAGACAACUCUCUUGUUCAUGUAGCUAAAUCUAAUCUAGCAGGAAAGGUUUUGCCAACUAUUAUCGGCGACAAUGUUACUGUGGGCCAUAGUGCUGUCUUGCAUGGAUGUACUGUUGAGGAUGAGGCAUUUGUUGGUAUGGGUGCAACUUUGCUUGAUGGGGUUUUUGUUGAGAAGCAUGGCAUGGUUGCUGCUGGAGCCCUUGUGAGGCAAAAUACAAGGGUACCCUGUGGAGAGGUUUGGGGAGGUAACCCAGCAAAGUUCCUGAGGAAGCUCACAGAAGAAGAGAUAGCCUUCAUCUCCCAGUCAGCUUUGAAUUAUACCAACUUAGCACAGGUUCAUGCAGCCGAAAAUGCAAAGGGCUUUGAUGAGAUUGAGUUCGAGAAGGUGCUCCGCAAGAAGUUUGCCCGCCGGGACGAGGACUAUGAUUCUAUGUUGGGUGUUGUUCGUGAAACACCUCCGGAGCUUAUCCUUCCUGAUAAUAUUCUUCCAGAUAAAACACCAAAGGCUUCUUAAAGUGAGAAUACCUCUUGGAAUUUGAUGGUGAUGGGUAUUUUGUCGUUGCAUUCAAAUUUAUGGUUGAUGCUUUUCAUUUCUAAUAAUUUUUGAGGCUAUGCUGGAGCGUUAAAGAUCCAAUCAUUGUACGCAGUACUGGCAUAUGGCUCGGUUUCUCUUUGAUUAAUCAGAAACCUCCUUUGCUGUUUUUGAGAAAUUAAUGCUACUGUGGAACAUAUAUCCCGAUAUUUCAAUCUGGGAAGGUCUAAUAUAGAUCACUCCAUUUAUUUGCAUGUUUGAGUUGUACCAGAAAUAAGAACGUGGAAUUGUGUGUGUGUUUGAAGCUUUGGUUAUUUCUUUUUUUGGUUGCUUUA